UAUAAGUUGUUCCGGUGUCAAGAGAAAAAGUGCAACAGUAAUCAAUCCUUUAUAAAGACAAUUUUCUUUAUACCAUAAUACACUCAGCACAUCUACGUUUAAGAUAAAGGGAAAACAAAGAUGGACUACCAGGAUAAGGAUGCAAGAGUUUUUGCAAAAGUCAAAGAUCUGGAAGUAUCAGCAGGGGCAAGGGUAUAUGGAGAUAAAAGUGAAGACGCCGAAUUAUGUAUGUUGGAAGCAGAUGCAAAAGCUAAUGUUCAACACAGUUACUUUGGAGUCGGAGCAGGAGCGGAAGCCGAAGCACAAGUCUUUAAUUUCAAGGACCCCAAAUCAAAAACCGCUGUUCGAGCUUUUGGAGCUGAUGUCAAGGCAAAUGCUGGAUUGGAUUUAAAGGCAUUUACUGAAAAGGACCAUUAUUUGGGAGCUGAAGUUAAAGCUAGGGGAACAUUGGUAGAAGCUAAAGGUGGACCUUUUGGGGUUCAUCUUGGGGCUGGUGUUUCUACAGCGGCAAAGAUGGAAAAUGGAACCUUAGACGCAAAGCUUGCUGGGUGUGGGCUGAAAGUUGGUAAACGUAUCGGAGUUGCCGUUUUUGACAAUGAAUUCUCAAUCGAAACAUUAUCUAUUUUUGGCAAAGGAUGGCUAUGGGGUGAUUUUGAUUGAUGUCAAAUUUGAUUAAUAAUUUCAAUACAAAGUGAAUCUAUACAUGAAGACAUUAUUUUUUUAGGAAUACAUAUUGACAUUAUUUUUUUAGGAAUACAUAUUGACAGUAUCUUAUAUACAUAAUAAAUAUGUGUGACAUAUUACACAUUCGAGGAGUUUUAUUAGUUUUGUUAGAAAUUAGUCUUACAUGUCUAAUGCUUUGAAUUUUUUAUUUACGAUUGUAACAUAAAAAAAUAUAUUUAAGGUAGCAAUACACAGUUAGGAGUUUAGUUUCGCAUUAUGGCCCCUGUGGAUUUUUUAAAUAGGAAAGUUAUUGUAUAAUAAAAUUCAUUUUUAGACAGCUGAGUACUAAUUGAGCCUUCAAAGAUGGUUUAUAAGAGCAUCAAGAUUGUUUUUAACAUGUUUUAUGGGCUAUUUUCUGUUUGACAAUCCGUAUUUUCAUAGCUUGACCGACCAUCGGUCCAUAAAUUAAUGUAAUGUUUACAAACACUUUUUUUCUACACGAAGUUUUUGACGCAAUUUUACAAAAAAUUAGAUGAAAGACAUAUUAUUUUCAUUGGAUCUACUGAAUGAUAUAUGUACACAGCUUCAGAAAAGGUAUUACUUCAAGCGAUUGAAAUUCUACUUUUAGCCAUAUUUUAGGGAAAUAUGUGACAUCUUUUCCCACCUUUUUGCAAUAUUUUAUAGCAAAUAAGUGCAGAUUGUUGCCAUGGAAAUCCCAAAAGAAAUUAUAUUUUACCAUUUUAUAUACUGGAUAUAAAAUCUAUGGAAGAUUCUGAUUACAUACAUAUGCACAUAUAUGACACAAACAGUAAGAUUAGUAUUGCAAGAAAGCAAAGAAAAGGGGAUGGUAAAAUUAAUGAGAUAAAAUUUUUAUAUUUUUUUCUAACUGUUUAUUGCUACCUAUAUAUUCUAAUUUGUUUUGUGAAAAUUCAAUAAACUGUCAAAUAUUAAAAGCUGGUAUUGUUAA